AUGUCACUGCCAUUAUCCUUGUAUGUUUUGCUACUGCCACUCAUCGUGGUAACGGUUGACGGGACGAUACGCCUUGUGUUGCUUUAUGUUCACGCUCUCGGUCUCGCAUGGAUCUUGCUUGAUUCUCCAAGUACGGGUGAUGGCGACAGUCUUUACAAGUUGCGGCAUGUACUCUUCAAUCUCGAGAUUCCUCCAAGGACGCUAUGGUUCAACAUGGGCUACUGGGAAGGGACGACACAAACGUAUAGCGAAGCAUGUGCUCGAUUAGUGGAAAAGGUUGUAACGAGUAUGCAGCUAAAAAGGAACACGCGUAUUUUGGACGUCGGUUAUGGAUGUGGUGAUUCAUGCUUUCUACUUGCUGACCAAUACAAUUGUCAAGUGGUGGGCGUGACCAAUGAAUCCGAACAAUGGAAAAUAUCCUGCUCACGUUUGGCGACACAAUACCCACAAUUGGAAGAUCGUAUUCAACUCAUUGAAGGUUCAGCCACUGAUAUCCAUGACCUUUUCAAAGACGAAGCGUUGUUUGAUCAUGUCAUCAGCAUUGAUUCUGCUUAUCAUUAUGCUACACGGUGGGAUUUUUUCGAGGCCGCAUUAUCCCGGCUUGUCCCAGGCGGUAGUAUUGGCUUGUACGACUUGGCGGCGACACAAUUGGCCGACAGCAAUGCCAUCCUCAAGUAUGCUUGUCAACAUGUAUUGGGAAUACCUCCAGCCAACCUGGUGACAAUGAACGAAUAUAAGGAACGCAUGGUUGCUAUGGGUUACACGGAUGUCCAUAUGAAAGCUUUGGAUCAAGAUCAUAUCUUUGGAGGAUUGAGUAGAUUCAUUGAACGGCAAUACGAGCAAGCAGCAAGAUGGGAUGUGCUACCUCCUGUGGGAAAUCGUGUAUUCCUUCGAAUAACAAUGUGGCUAUUUGGAUUCAUGGCAAGGAAGAAAUGGCUUCAACCCAUAAUAGUUCGAGCAAGAAAAGCAUAA